CUUAAAACCAAAGCUAAAACGUUUGUUGUGACUUGUGGGAGCAAACCAACUCAACCAUAAAGCAUUCACAUUCCCUUCCAAACCAAGAAACAUAAAAGCACAACCCAAAAGAGAAAAGGAAAGAAACGAAGAAGAAAAUAUUCAAAACCCAUUUCCUUCCAAGUUUGUCCUACAUUUUGAUCUCUUCGAGAUCAUAAUCGAAUCAAAAACCCAAAUGGGAUUUCUGGGUUUGCAUCAAAAUCUAUGAUUAAGGAGGAAAAAAAGAAAAAAGGUGAGAUUUUUAUGGAGAGGGACCAAUCUGCUGCGGCGAGCAACUUGGAGAUAAAGGUGGUCCGUCCCCGGCGGAAUGACAACGUGGUGCACCCGGCGGGCCAAGCUCCGAGGACGACGGGAAGGCGGUCGUACAGCAGCAACUACAACCCGUUCAAGAGGUGGGUCUCGUGGCUGGUCCCGUCCUUUGUGGUGGCCAACAUUGUCGUUUUUGUGGUCACCAUGUUCGUGAACGAUUGCCCCAAGAACUCGGCCUCUUGCAUUGCUCGCUUCUUGGGCCGCCUCUCUUUUCAGCCCCUCAAAGAAAACCCACUUCUUGGGCCAUCUUCAGCCACAUUAGAAAAGAUGGGUGCUCUAGACGUGCAGAGAAUGGUUCAUAAACACCAGGCAUGGCGGAUGAUCUCAUGUAUGUGGUUACAUGCUGGAGUUUUCCAUCUACUGGCCAAUAUGCUGAGUCUUGUAUUCAUUGGUAUUCGGCUUGAGCAAGAAUUUGGAUUUGUUCGAAUUGGUUUGCUUUAUGUCCUGUCUGGUUUUGGCGGUAGUUUGCUUUCAUCUCUUUUUAUUCAAUAUGGUAUUUCUGUUGGUGCUUCUGGUGCACUUUUUGGUCUACUAGGAAGCAUGCUAUCAGAGAUCAUAGCAAAUUGGACAAUGUAUGAAAAUAAGUUAGCAGCAUUGCUUACUCUCAUUGUCAUCGUCAUAGUAAAUUUAGCAGUGGGAAUCCUACCGCACGUGGACAACUUUGCUCAUAUUGGAGGAUUUCUUUCUGGAUUUCUUCUUGGAUUUGUGUUUUUGAUCCGCCCCCAAUUUAAAUGGCUUACCCAAAGGAAUGCUCCUCCUGGGCAUGUUUCAACUCCAGUUAAAUCUAAACACAAGACAUAUCAAUAUGUAUUGUGGGUUCUCGCUCUGAUAAUAUUGAUUGUUGGGUUUACUAUUGGCAUGGUUACUCUCCUUCGAGGGGUCAAUAUGAAUGAUUACUGUUCCUGGUGUCAUUAUUUGAGCUGUGUCCCUACCUCAAAAUGGAGCUGCAAGUCACAACAAAUUUAUUGUUUGUCCAGCCAGUUAGGAAAUCAGCUGAACUUGACGUGCGUAAGCAACGGGAGAAAUGGCACUUAUUCAUUGCUGGAUGGCAACCCCACCCGGGCUCAACAGCUAUGCGCUGAGCUUUGCAGUUGACAUACAUGCACACAGCAAGAGAUGAUAGAAUGUUGAUUGAUAUGAGUCAUUCAUAUAUCUGUAGAGAAAAUUUCUUUUCUUUUCUUUUUUGGUUGGGUAAGAGUAGUCUUGUAUUCACCAAGUAAUGGUUAUUCUUUUCAUUCUUUUAUUGCUUCUGUACUCUUAUUUUUACUAGCUGAAAAAGAGGGUUUGUAAAUACAGAUAGGGAUGUACUUAUUGAUGGCAACUUGAAGUGAAAACAGCCAGUGCUAUUUUGUGCUA